CUUUGUAAUCUGCACCUACUCCUUUUAAACGCAAGAAGAACACACAGAGGUUAAACUAAACACAACACAAGUGUGUGUUUGGUGUGUUCUGUUUUUGUGCUCUGUUUUUUUUGUUUUUUAUUUUUAUGGAGAAGCACAGGUGCAAGCUUUGCUUGAGGAGUUUCGCCAAUGGAAGAGCUUUAGGAGGUCACAUGCGGUCUCACAUGAUGAACCUACCUCUUCCUCCCAAAGAGAGCGAGUUCGUCCCGGUUCAACUCAGUUUUGAGGCCGACUCAUCUCCUUCUCAGUCCUCUUCUUCCUUCUACGGUCUCCGAGAGAAUCCCAAGAAAAGUUUCCGUUUUGCAGAUCCUGAAUUCUCGUUCGCAGCAGAAACGGGUUCUGUGAUCCUCCAAGAUAGAGAGAGCGAGACGGAGUCAUCCAAGAACCCAACUCGAAAACGAUCCAAGAGGGCGUGGCAACUCGGAGAGCCCCCGAAAAAGAUGAAACUCUGUGGGAACAAUAACAAGAACGAAUCUGCGAGUUCUGCUUCCGAUACCACCGCGGAAGAAGCCGUAGCAUUUUGUCUAAUGAUGCUGUCGCGUGACAGAUGGAAGAGAUAUGAUGAUCAUAAAAACAUACAGCAGUAUGAUGAUGAGGUUGAAGAUGAUGAUGAUGACGAUGAUGAUGAUGAAGAAGAAGACGAAGAAGAGGAUGAUGAAGAAGAAGAAGAAGAAGAAAAAGAUGGUUUUGAAUUGGAGGAGAUGAAAUCUGUUAAGAGGAGUAACAAGGUGCGUGGGAGGUACAAAUGCGAAACGUGUGACAAGGUGUUUCGAUCUUACCAAGCACUUGGUGGGCACAGAGCGAGUCACAAGAAGAUGAAGUUAAACUCUGAAACGGAGUUUCAGAAACCUGAACUUGAAUCAGAGCUUGUUGUUGUGUCGGAGAAGAAAAUCCAUGAAUGCCCGGUUUGCUUUAGAGUCUUUGGUUCGGGUCAAGCACUUGGUGGACACAAGAGAACACAUGUUAUAGGUUCUUCUGCAACUCACACCACUGCAACUGUAAGAACUUCUGCAACUGCUUCUGUAAAAGUUGGAGACAGUUUGAUAGAUCUUAAUCUCCCUGCUCCGGUAGAUGAUGAAGAAGACAUUAGCCAGUUCGAUCACUCUGCUCUUUCUGAUGCAGAGUUUGUCAAAGAGUGAAGAAGGUUUUUUCCUUAGUUUGAACUUCUCUGAUUUUCUUUCCCUUUGACUAGUUAGACUCUGAUCCAAAGGUACAAAAUUUUGGUUCCCUUAUUAAAUUGCAAUUUUAGAUUUGUGUAGCCAUUUGGGUUAUAGCUUACAAUUUUACUUGGUUACUUACCCUGUAGUUCAUAUUCAUCUAAUAAUCUCAUAAUUCUUCUUAAA